GUCUUCGUUCAAGAUGGCAGCAGCGAUGGAUGUUGAUACUCCGAGCGGCACGAACAGCGGGUCCAGUAAGAAACGAUUUGAGGUCAAAAAGUGGAACGCAGUAGCACUGUGGGCCUGGGACAUCGUGGUGGAUAAUUGUGCCAUCUGCAGGAACCACAUUAUGGACCUCUGUAUAGAGUGUCAAGCUAAUCAAGCAUCUGCAACAUCUGAGGAGUGCACCGUUGCUUGGGGUGUUUGCAAUCAUGCUUUCCACUUCCACUGCAUUUCCCGCUGGUUGAAAACCAGACAGGUUUGCCCUUUAGACAACAGAGAGUGGGAAUUUCAGAAAUAUGGACACUAGCUCCCUGAUUCUACGUCUUUGUUCCUUUUAAUGGUCAUUAAUUGCUUGUCCUGCCCCUCCUAUUUGUUACCUUAGGUAUUCUAAACAACUCCUGUUUAUUUUUCACCUGUUUAAGUUGUGUAAUAAAAUAGUGCAAAACACUGG